CUGUGACCGAAAACAAAUUUCCUCAAAAGGAAUACAAGAUGGUCAUGAAAUCGUUCUCUUAUCUGCAAGCUAUCGCUGUUUUUGUAUUUUUGGCUCAUAGUACGAAUAUAUAUGUGGCGUCUCAGGUCGUUAUGGGUUUUAGAUUAGAUUUGCAUUAUGAUAUUCUUCAUAUUGGUGGCACUUAUCGAGGAAUAUGUGAUGUAGAAAUCCCCCCUGAUGAUAACAUAACAAACGUGGAUGCCUAUUGGAUAGUUAAGAAUACGGACUAUUGUCACAACGGUCAUAAAGUAUUGCUAAAUAGAAACUACACGUGUAAUGCAACUACGGUGCAGAAUACAACAUCCUUCGAACUUAGAAUUCCAGACUUGACAUUAGAAGAUUCUGGUACAUAUACUUGUAAAGUAAAGCAUUACACAGAACAUAGCACGUCAAUUUUCUCUGCAAAACAUAUCACGUCAACUUUUUCUGAAAAUAUUACAGUCAUAGAUCCUUCCAUCACAACACCACGCAAAACACCAGAAUCAACAACAGUAACCACUCUAAGUGGCAGGGGUAACACAGGAGGAGCCGCCUCACUAGAAACCAAACUUCUAUCAACUAUCGUCACUAUGUUGUCAGCCGCUCUAGUUUAUAUUUGAUUCUCAGUAGAAACCUUAUAUAUUAUUAUAACAGUAACUUGAUCCGAAGGGUCGUAUCACGUCGAGUUGACAGGUGCGGAUCAUAAGA